CUUUUACUAAGAGUGAAACAGAGGAAUAUGGAGACCACCGUGAAAAACAAGCAAGUGAUACUGAGAAAUUAUGUGAAGGGUAUCCCUAAAGAAUCUGAUCUAAUGAUUGUUACAGCUUCAGAUCCCGUGGAACUCAAGGUUAAGCCCGGAUCAGCGGCGGUUAUGGUGAAGAAUUUUUACUUGUCUUGUGACCCUUACAUGGGAAUUCUCAUGAGAGCACCAACUCCUUCCACUCUAGCACUUUUUGAUGCCUUCAUCCCUGGCAAGCCUAUAGCUGGAAUUGGAGUGUCUCAAGUGAUAGAUUCUGAUGAUCCAUCUUUUACGAAAGGCGAUAUGAUUUGGGGAAUUGUGAAUUGGGAGGAGUAUAGUACUAUCAACCCGGCUGGUAUAUUCAAAAUCGACGUCAAUGUCAAUGUUCCUCUCAGCUACUAUACUGGAAUCCUUGGUAUGAUAGGUUUAACUGCUUAUGCCGGGUUUUACGAGAUAUGUUCACCUAAGGAAGGAGAAACAGUGUUCGUCUCUGCAGCGUCUGGUGCGGUUGGACAGCUUGUGGGCCAGUUUGCUAAGUUGAUGGGCUGCUAUGUUGUUGGAAGUGCCGGAAGUAAACAAAAGGUUGAUCUCCUGCUGAACAAAUUUGGUUACGAUGAAGCAUUCAAUUACAAGGAAGAGCCUGACCUUGACUCUGCCUUGAAGAGGUGUUUCCCAAAAGGUAUUGACAUAUACUUUGAGAACGUGGGAGGCAAAAUGCUUGAUGCGGUUCUACUUAACAUGAAACCGCAUGGCAGAAUCGCUGUAUGUGGGAUGAUCUCUCAGUACCAUCUUGAAACCAGAGACAGGUUACAGAAUCUACCUGACAUCAUAUUCAAGAAGAUAAGGAUGCAAGGGUUUGCUGUUUAUGACUUCAUAGAUAGAUUCCCAAAGUUCUUGGAGUUUGUUAUUCCGUACAUAAAAGAAGAGAAAUUAACUUACGUAGAAGACAUUGUUGAAGGACUCGAGAACGGUUCUGCUGCUCUUGUAGGACUUCUCCAUGGACAAAACGUUGCGCGUGGGGUUAACACGCUUCUCCCUCCUCUCUCUUCCUCUCUGCUUGUAGAUCUAGAUCUUCUCUCCAGUUUUGCCUCUCCGGUGUGCUCCUCCGGCGCCGGAGAGGGCUUGUUCUCUUUACUUUCUGUUGUAGUUCUUCUCUCCCUCCUUCGUCUCCGUCUUCCGUCGAGAUUAGCUGUUUUUGGACGCGUCUAUCCGCCUAUUCCGGCGCUUCAUGGUGGUGGUUGUCGGAUUGAAGCUGAUGCGUGGCGCAAGGAGACUCUCGGCUUGCUGGUUGAAUUCGUCUAGGUUCUUAGUUUGAGGACGGCUUUGUAACCUGUUUGUUUCUGACAGCUUUUUUUUUUUGGCCGAUUCUCCUUCACGUAUUGGACCUCUUCUCUGGCAAGGGUUGUGGCUUUGUUGCGGUGCCUAGAUAGGUUU